GAGAGCGCCGCUCCAUGACGUGCGUGAGGUCGCUGACGUACGACCAGGAUGGCAAGCUGCUGCGACGGCCUGCAGAUGGCGGAUUGAUUCCGGUGCGCUCCGCGCCUCUGGAGCGAUACCUGAAGGCCACCUCCACGAACCCACCAAGGACCUGGAUCUCUGGCCUCGCCGAGUCCCUGCGCCAGCGCGGCGCCGCGGAGCUCGUGCAAGCGGCGCAGGACUGGUACCUGUCCGCAGUGAGCCAUUUGCUCGAGGAUCCCAAGAGCGCCGACGAUGACGGCGACUACUUCCUGGCGUGGCUUCGGGAGUGCUGCCGGGAGGUCUACGAUGAUGUUGACAGGAACGAUCCCAAAGAGCUGCGUACCAUGAAGAAAGUCAGGAGUGUGAAGAACAAGACCAAGCGCCAUAACCUCGCCGACAUCCGCAUCCCGAGCAUGGAGGAAGCCUUCCGAGAGCUUGCCGAGUUCGAGCCGCAGUCAGGCAGCAGCCGCAGGCAGCGUGUGUUGGCGAAGAUCGUGAUCGAUGCUUUCCAGCUGCGACUGGUGGACUUGGCAGCAAUUCUCCGGGUUGCUGACUGCGUGCUUUCGGCCAGAGAGGAUGAGGAGGUGGUGGUGGUUCUGUAUGCUGGAGGUGCCCACGCGCACUGCGUGGAGGAGUUCUGGCGUGCCCAAUCCUUCACCAGCGACGACUUGCCGAAGAGGGGCCUCGUGGGGAAGGACGACUGGGAUGACGACGAGCCUCGGGGACUUGUGCUGCCCAAGUACCUGCACGAUUUCGAUUUGCUCUUCCCGCAAGAUUCGGGCGAGGCGCACGCACCAGACGAGGCGAUGUUGGAGGGCGCGGAUGAGGAAGCAAAAGCCCAAGAACGGGAACUGGGAUUCAUGGAAGGGGUGUAUGUGAUGGAAAAGAUGGCCCUGUCCACGACCAGGAAGGGAGUUUUGGUGGUGAUGGUGAUGAUGCUGAUACUGAUUAUGGCAGUGGUUGUGAUGCACAAUGAUGACGGUGGCCAUGAUGACGACAACAAAGAUGCUGCUGCUGAUGAUGAUGGUGAUGAUGAGUCUGAAUCGCGGAACAUAUGA